AUGUCUUUCCUCGCCCGCAUUACUCCCGCUGCUCGCACAGCUUCGCUGUCUCUCCGACCUACCACUACUCCCGCUCUCUCCGUCGGUGCCACCCGCUUGAUCUCCGCCACUGCCCGUCGAGACAAGGGACCUAUCGAUGCCACCAAGGAGACCCUGAAGAAGGCUGACCGCAAGGUUUCGGAUGCCGCUGUGAAGGGCAUUGAAGUUGGAGAAAACGCCGCCGAGAAGGUCAAGGGCACCGUUAGCAGCACCGCCUCUGAGGCCAAGGCCAAGACCGACGAAUUGUCUGGUGAAGCAUCCCAAGUGGCCGGCCAGGGCAAGGGCAAGGCUGAAGAGACACUCGGUACUGCUAAGGGCAAGGCACAGGAAGCUGCUGGAGAGGUCAAGGGCAAAGCACAGGAAGCCGCCGGAGAGGUCAAGGGCAAGGCCAAGGAAACUGCUGGACGGUUUUAG